AGACCCGCAGCUGCUCGCCCAGUUCUACUACGCCGACGAGGAGCUGAACCAGGUGGCGGCGGAGCUGGACAGCCUGGACGGGCGGAAGGACCCGCAGAGGUGCACACUGCUGGUUAGCCAGUUUCGCUCCUGCCAGGACAACGUACUGAACAUUAUUAACCAGAUCAUGGACGAGUGCAUCCCCCAGGACCGGGCCCCGCGGGACUUCUGCGUCAAGUUCCCCGAGGAGAUCCGGCACGACAACCUGGCUGGCCAGCUGUGGUUCGGAGCCGAGUGCCUGGCCGCCGGCUCCAUCAUCAUGAACCGCGAGCUGGAGAGCAUGGCCAUGCGGCCGCUGGCCAAGGAGCUGACCCACAGCCUGGAGGACGUGCGGAGCGCCCUGCGCGACCAGGCACUGCGCGACCUCAACGCCUACACGGAGAAGAUGCGGGAGGUGCUGCGCCACUUCGACGUCCUGUUCGCGGAGUUCGAGCUGAGCUACGUCUCGGCCAUGGUGCCUGUGAAGUCCCCCCGGGAAUACUACAUGCAGCAGGAGGUCAUUGUCCUGUUCUGCGAGACGGUGGAGAGAGCCCUGGACUUCGGUUACCUCACCCAGGACAUGAUUGAUGACUACGAGCCGGCCCUCAUGUUCACCAUCCCCAGGCUGGCCAUUGUGUGUGGCCUCGUGGUGUACGCAGAUGGACCGUUGAACCUGGACCGUAAGGCGGAGGACAUGUCUGAACUCUUCCGGCCCUUCCAUACGUUGCUGCGGAAAAUAAGAGACUUGCUGCAAACCCUCACGGACGAGGAGCUGCACACGCUGGAGCGGAACCUCUGCAUUUCCCAGGAUGUGGAGUUCCCCAUCCGGGCAGAUGUCCAGGUGCCCGCCGCCCUGACGCCCGCCUUCCCCACUCCCCUGCCCCCUGAAGAGCCGCUGUCCACUAAGGCCAAGGACCCGGACACAGAGCUGGCCUGCUCCAUGCAGUAUGACGACCAGGAGCUGGAGCAACUCAACCGCAUGGUGCACCGGGCAGGGGAUGAGAUGUCAUCCCUCCUGUCUCCGCCUAGCGCCUGCCAGUCCCCUGCUCACAGGCUGGGGGCCGAGGGCAGCCCCCAUGGGGAGGCCUCUCCUGCCAGGGUGCAGCUGGAACAGGGGAGCGACGAGGAGAGGGUGUUCUUCAUGGACGACGUGGAGGGGGCGGGAGAGGCUCCCAGCAGCCCCUUCAGGUGGGCAGGCAGCACCUGUGCCCACCCCCAGGAGAGAGGGCAGGUUGGGGAGAGCGGAGAGGCAGGGCCCAGUGGGCCAUCAGUGGAAAAGGACGAGGACUCAUGCAAUAACAACAUCCCAGGUGACAAAAUGCAGGUGGUGAGCCUCUUGGGCGCCAACUCCUGCAGCUGCCUGGAUGCCCAGCUGUCCCUGGACGGCUGGGAGGCCAGCGCCGAUGAUGCCGAGACAGCUGAGAUGAUCGCCCACCGGACGGGGGGCAUGAAGCUCUCAGCCACGGUCAUCUUCAACCCUAAGUCACCGACGUCCUUGGACUCGGCCGUCAUCGCCCCGGAAGCUCCACGCAGCAUGGUUUCCCCCCUGGACCCCGCCAUGACGAAGGUGGACACGGAGCCCCGCAAACUCAGCCCAGCCGCCACCAACGGCCUCAUUAACUCGUGCGUGUGCUGCGGGAGCUGCGGGGACAGCAGGGACGAGGCCAUCGAGAGUGUUCAGAAGUGCCACCCUGGGAACAUCAUCAAGGCCUCUCAUGCAGGCCUGGUCAAGGCCAGCGACAAGGGUCCUGGGGACAGACUGGAGAAGGGCCCGCCUGCCCUGGAGGAGCUGCCCGUGGGCGCCGCGGCCCCUCUGCCCCUGGAAGACACCCCCAAUGGGCGGGAGCCCAAAGUCCCUUCUUCCUCCCAGGGCCUGGCGAACACCGCGGGGUCCCAGGUGGACCCUGGAGGUGGGUCGCCAGGUGAGGGUGACGUCGGACAUCAGCAGGAGGGUGAGGACAGGACGCAGGACCCUGGGAAGGAGGCCAGGGAGGAGAGUCAGCGAGAGCCAACGGCCCAGGAGGAAGGCCAGUGCCGGCCCGGCUCCAGAGACUCCACAGUGGCCUCCUGCUCCUCAGACAAGGCCAGGACUGAGGCAGCCCCCGUGGUCCCACACGCUGCCCCCGUGGCCACGAGGGAAAAGAUCCGAUCCCGGUUCCACAGCAGCCAUGACCUGAUCCACCGCCUCUUCGUCUGUAUAUCCGGUGUGGCUGACCAGCUGCAGACCAACUAUGCCAGCGACCUCAGAAGUAUCCUCAAGACACUGUUUGAGGUCAUGGCUACCAAGCCGGAAACGGACGACAAAGAGAAGCUGAAGAAGGUCACCCAGACCCUGCGGAGCGCGGCCCUGGAGGACUGCGCCCUGUGCCAGGAGACCCUGUCGUCCUCCGAGCUCGCAGCCAAGGCCCGGGACGGGGACUUCGAAGACCCCCCCGAGUGGGUGCCGGACGAGGCCUGCGGCUUGUGCACCACAUGCAAAGCACCCUUCACCGUCAUUCGCCGGAAGCACCACUGUCGGAGCUGUGGGAAGAUCUUCUGCUCCCGCUGCUCCUCGCACUCAGCGCCGCUGCCGCGCUACGGGCAGAUGAAGCCGGUCCGCGUGUGCACACACUGCUACAUGUUCCACGUCACACCCUUCUACAGCGACAAGGCGGGCAUCUGA